GUCUAGCUGUGUCAGUCCGCAUAUGAGGGCUCUAGCGGGUACGUGUCUGCGCACUCCGACCCGACCGAAAUUCAUCUAAAACCUGACACAAAAUAUAAGAGUUAAAAAAUAAAAUUCUGAAGUUAUAAAAAGAUAAUUGUCUAUUGCAUACGUGAUACAUAAUCCAAGAAAAUAAUUUAUUGUUAAAAUAAUUGAACUUAUAAAACGUCAAAAUAUCUUAAUUCGCCUAAAAAACAAGUGAAAUUCUUUAGUGGGGUUUGAAGUUCUUAAUCUAAACCCCGGUUAUCUCUGCUCUUCUUACCUUUUGGUCUUAAUAGCUCGGUUAUUUUAAUAAUCGCAAAUUCGUGAUGUCGACUAACAGCGCACCAGAGCCAGUGGCAACGGCGGAUGCUACAAGAUUCGUCACCGAGAAAGUUGCUGAAGAGGUUGGGACGGUUUCUCCCCCCGCCGGGAGUAGUCCUGCUUCCAAACACAGUAGCACCGCUGGUGGGGGCGACGCACCCCAAACAGCGGCAAAUAAAGGGGGCGUACCGGACGGCAACUGCUCCCCAGGCGGUGUUCCUGAGAAAGGAGAUGGCACCGAUGACCAGCCAUUUGUCACGGAUCGGGAGAAGGUGUCUGGGUACGAGACGAACCUAUACUUGUACUCGGAGGAAAUGGAGGAUCGGCCACGUAUAUCAACCCUCAUCAACUCUCUGGCCAAUUAUAGUAACACAAUCCCAGCAGCGACUGAUCCUGAUGCCAAGCCUCAGCCGAGUGCUCGCAUGGGAACACUCAUUGGUGUCUAUCUGCCGUGCAUCCAGAACAUCUUUGGUGUCAUCCUAUUCAUCCGUCUCACAUGGGUCGUAGGCACUGCAGGCGCAUUCAUGGGUUUCCUCAUCGUUUUGUGUUGUUGCUGUGUGACAAUGUUGACGGCCAUUUCCAUGAGUGCCAUCGCAACAAACGGAGUUGUGCCUGCUGGAGGUUCCUACUUCAUGAUUUCAAGGUCACUGGGUCCAGAAUUUGGUGGUGCAGUGGGAAUGUUGUUCUAUACAGGCACCACACUAGCAGCAGCUAUGUAUAUUGUGGGAGCUGUUGAGAUAGUUCUUACGUAUAUGGCCCCAAGUUUAUCCAUAUUUGGGGACUUCACCAAAGAUGCGAGUAUCAUGUACAACAAUUUUCGAGUCUACGGUACGGGCCUGUUGAUGGUAAUGGGCCUCAUCGUGUUCGUCGGUGUAAAGUUUGUCAAUAAGUUUGCUACAGUUGCGUUGGCCUGCGUACUGCUGUCUAUCGUGGCUGUUUAUGUCGGCAUCUUCGUCAACUUCAAUGGCAAUGAUAACCUCUUCAUGUGUGUUCUGGGAAAGCGUCUCCUCAAGGAUAUAAGCUUGGACGACUGCCACAAGAAUUCGUCCGGCCCUCUUUAUCAGGUUUUUUGUGGAAAUUCAUCUGCUAAUGCAAGUUUAUGUGAUCCAUAUUUUGAGGCAAAUAACAUUUCUAAGGUUCGUGGCAUCAAGGGCCUGUCUAGUGGAGUGUUCCUUGAUAAUAUUCAAGACGGCUUCCUAGAAUUGGGUCAGUUUAUUGCACAGUCCAAGGAUCCGGAUGAAAUAGAGCCACUGGAUCGGCCAGUGUACAAUCAGGUGUUUGCUGACAUCACAACAUCUUUCACAAUUCUCAUUGGCAUCUUCUUUCCAUCAGUCACAGGUAUCAUGGCUGGUUCCAAUAGAUCUGGUGACUUAGCAGAUGCUCAAAAAUCAAUUCCCGUGGGCACUAUAUGUGCCAUCCUGACCACUUCAACAGUGUACCUGUCAGCUGUGUUGCUGUUUGCAGGCACUGUGGACAACCUUCUGCUCAGAGACAAGUUUGGUCAGAGCAUUGGUGGGAAGCUCGUGGUAGCAAAUGUAGCUUGGCCUAACCAGUGGGUCAUCUUGAUUGGCUCAUUCUUGUCUACACUUGGUGCGGGAUUGCAGAGUUUGACUGGUGCCCCUCGAUUACUUCAGGCUAUCGCCAAAGAUGGUAUCAUUCCGUUUCUGGCGCCAUUUGCCGUGUCAUCGCGACGAGGAGAGCCGACACGAGCCCUCAUUCUCACGAUCCUCAUUUGCCAGUGUGGCAUUCUGCUGGGCAAUGUGGAUUACCUGGCACCACUCUUAUCCAUGUUUUUCUUGAUGUGUUACGGCUUUGUAAACCUAGCCUGCGCUCUCCAGACACUACUUAGAACGCCUAACUGGAGGCCCAGGUUCAAGUACUAUCAUUGGUUGGCCAAAAUGCUGGAGGUCCCACCGAGAUAUGAACUCGGAUUGCUGGAUUCAAAGUCCAGAGUGCUAACCGGCACAUUGCAUGUCUGCGUAGCAGAGAAGGAGUGGGGAGAUGGAAUAAGAGGUCUGGCCCUCUCAGCGGCACGCUACAGUCUCUUACGUCUGGAAGAAGGGCCUCCGCACACCAAGAACUGGCGUCCGCAGAUUCUUAUUCUUGCAAAGCUUACUUCAGAUCUGGUGCCAAAGUAUCGUAAACUGUUUGCAUUUGCUGCUCAGCUGAAGGCUGGCAAGGGCCUUACAGUCUGUGUGUCUGUGAUCAGAGGAGACUAUACUCGAGGUGUUGGUGAAGCAAUGGCUGCUAAACAGAGUCUACGACGUACUAUGGAUGAAGAAAGGGUCAAGGGAUUUGUAGAUGUCCUGGUUGCAUAUAACGUUACUGAUGGAUUAAGUCACUUAAUCCAGACGACAGGUCUGGGGGGAAUGAAGCCUAAUACCGUAAUCCUCGGCUGGCCGUAUGGAUGGCGUCAGUCAGAAGAUGAGAAGACUUGGCAGGUGUUCUUGCAAACUGUUCGCAAUGUGGCCGCUGCACGCAUGGCACUGCUUGUUCCCAAGGGCAUAAACUUCUUCCCAGACAGUAGUGAAAAGGUGGUUGGAAACAUCGACAUCUGGUGGAUUGUGCAUGACGGGGGUUUACUCAUGCUGCUGCCGUUCCUGUUAAAGCAACACCGAACUUGGAAAAACUGUCGAAUGCGCAUCUUCACAGUCGCACAAAUGGAGGACAAUUCUAUCCAAAUGAAAAAAGAUCUCAAGAUGUUUCUUUAUCACCUGAGGAUAGAAGCCGAAGUGGAGGUUGUAGAAAUGACGGAUAGUGAUAUUUCGGCCUACACUUAUGAACGCACACUAAUGAUGGAACAACGUAAUCAGAUGCUACGAGAACUACGGCUAAACAAGAAGGAAAGCCUUGGCGUUGUGCAUACUCUAGUAGAUUUCAACGAUGUUCCGUCGGAGGAGAAACUCCCUCUGGUUCAGGCAAUUUUAGAUCAUCAUCACAAUGCUGAUGUGAAGACAGCAACAAAAGUACGCUUCCAGGAACCAGGGCAGGAAGGAAAGGAAGGAGGUAUACAAGAUGCAGAUGAAUCGAAUGAAGAGGAAACAAAAGAGCAUGCAGAAGAGAAUACCAUUAUUUCAAAAGAUGGUGAUGGAGGUGCCAAUUCUAUUCAUUCAGAAUCACAGCAGCAAGAUGAAAACAAAGUAUCAACUGACCCAAAUUCCAAAGACACGCCCAAUAAAACAGUCUCUGAUAAGUCAAAGAAGAUACCUGCAAUAACACCAGAUGAGGGCAAUGUUCGACGGAUGCAUACAGCUGUGAAAUUGAAUGAGGUGAUAGUGAACAAAUCCCAUGAUGCUCAACUUGUGAUUCUUAACCUACCUGGUCCUCCAAGAGAUUCUAAAAUUGAGCGUGAAUCUAACUACAUGGAAUUCCUAGAAGUAUUGACAGAGGGCUUGGAACGGGUGCUGAUGGUACGGGGUGGAGGCCGAGAAGUCAUAACCAUCUACUCGUGAAGACUCUUCAUCAUUUCAUCUCAUCACCCUCAUCACUACUCUCUGCAUCUUCACAUUUUGUCAUCACUUUUACUCACACGCGAUAGACAUCAUCUUAUACACCACAUGGAUUCUUGAAGCUUGUAACAUUUUACAAUGUAAAUAUUAUUGAAAUUCUUGCAAGACGUUAUCUAUUUUCAGCAUUGUAGUGUAUAUUGCUUGAUAUUUUUAAGAACAGGGCAUUUGACUAUUAGGAGCUGGGGUAGCUCAGUCGAUAUAGUGGCUGACUACCAACUGGACGACCGGCUCUGAAGCCCACCCAGCCUCCUGUCCAAUGGGAACUGGGUUCCUUUCCUGGGGGUAAACCACUCACUCCUAUGUAGUGCCAAGGUUAAGAAUCAGUAGGAGCUCAACUGCUCUCCCCCCCAAGUGUCUACAUGGCAUAUAGCAGGAUAGCUUUUUUUUACACUUGUGUAUUUAUUAUAUGCAUUUACAUUAUGCAAUUAGAUUUUAAAAUAUGUGUAUAUAUUUUUAAGUUGUUGUAAAGCAGUUUGCAUUAAGUAACAAUUUUUCUAAUAGGUAGGAAUUAUUAAAUUUCUAUGUGUUUUACAGUAUGUAUGAGAAUUUUAUUGUAAUCAAAUUUAUGAGGAAAAAAUGAAAAUAUUUAACAACUACAAUGCUGAAAAUAGAUAAAAUGGUAUGAUGUUUUUUCACCCUAUGGGUUUAAUAAUGAAAGUAAAAAUGACAUUUAUUUAAAAUGGGGAUUGAAAAAUAAAUUGGUAUUGUGAAAAAGUGACAAAUUAAUCUUUUGUCAUCAGGAGUAGAUGUGCGUGGUGGGUGCAUACAUUGAUCAUUCAAGUCCCUUUGCAAACGUAACAUGUUAAUGGGCAUCUCAUCACUUCCUUCAUUUCCCAAUUGUCUUACAGAAAGGAAAAAAAAAAGGCUCACUUUUUUCUACACCAUGUACAUUCAUAUUAAAGUUCAUUCGUAUUUGUAAAGGAUAUUUGUCAUGUGUCUCUUGUCAUAGGAUAUAGGGAAAAUACAUGUUUCUCUGCAGCUUUGUUCCAGAAAAUGAAAGUAGGAUUGCAGAAUCUUUGAAUGUAAACUUUUAUAAGUAAUAAACUAAUUUUGGUCCACAGUUGAACUAUUUUGUUGGCUUGAUUCAUGAGGAAAUUAAUCCACAGUUGGUUGGUUGGUGAAAUUUGAGAGUUAUAAAUAGAUAAAAAUUAUUUAUAAUAAAAGCCCAUCUAAAUGUUAAGAAUAAGUAAAUUCCCAUUCACAGUGGUGGUAUAGAUAUAAGACAUAAAGUGGUCAAGAAUCAGAAUCUUCAUAUACAUUGAGUAUUAAAAACAAAUACAGAAGGUCAUGGGACUGUUCUUUUGUUCACGUGGCUGCAAGAAAGUGGAUUCAACUUUCAGUUUCUUAGUACCAAGCAAGACAUAGACAAAAAUUUCCAUUUGUUAUUGUAUUGUAUUGGUGUGUAUUCCUUUGAAUUACCUUUAUGACACUGAUAAAUUGUCAAAAUGAUCAUAACAGACCUAAAGAGACUAUCUUACAAGGCAAGAUUAGUAAGAAAAACAAACUUUGUUUACCCAUAGAAGUACUUAAUCAAACCAGAGGUUACACAGACUUAUUUGAACAUUUUGUAUAACCUCGGAAUGGGUCUAAUUGACCUAAACCUUGUAAGGAAGAAGGAGAAAGAUAAACCGUCUUAUAUUUAUACUUUAAUUGUGAAUGAGAUAUAAUGGAAAUAUAUGCUAAUGAAUAGGUAUGAUUAUUUGGAGAAUUUAGUUUAUAAACUGUGGUGCAGAAAGAGUGAACCUACAGUAUAAUAUAUAAUAUAGCAUUUAAUUAUGUCUCAUUUGCAUGUAGUAGUGGGAAAACAAAGCCAUCAGUCAGUUUGAUUCAUCAAAGCCAUUGCAUCAUCAAAGAAAACUGUGAAGUUUGCUGUUCGAUAUACAUUCGGUGUUGUACCACAGCAUCUUUAACCUUUAAACCUGGUUUAAUUUCAGUAGGAGUUAUACUGAAUCAUGAAAGUAAUACUGUAAUGCAGCAUGUAUGAUCAAAAAGCACAUUCUUGGGAACACGUUUCAGGUUUCUAGAACUGACAUUUAAACAUGCUGAUGUACAUCACAUUAUUGUGUGCCAGAAAUGUGAUAUCACGGCCUAUUCGGUAUCAGUUUUCAAUGUAGUAUUGAACAUUUUCACUGAAUAUAUUUGUAGUGUAACAAUUUUAAAGAAAGCAUUUACAAACUGUUAUCAAAUAAAGUCAAUUUUAAAUUAAUGGCCCUGUGGCAAGUUGGACUUCUAAUUUUGAUCCUCAUUUCUUUCAUUUGAGCAGAAUGUAUUUUCAAUUAGUAAUAAAAUUCUUUAUUCUUUUUUUAUAAACCCAGAAGAACUGAGUUUCAGGGAAAUAAUUUUAAUGUGUUUCAUUGGUGUAUGUUUUAGUAAUGCUAUGGACGCUAGUGUCAAGCUCUUAAGAUUGAUACUGGUUUACAUGCUUAUGUAGACAGGUAACUGUAUCGAAUGGCAAACAUGUUAAUUGUAAAAUAAGAAAAUUAGAAUAUGUACAUAGUAUUAAGAUGUUAGUAUAUGAGUUAUACAUAAGCUUUAGAUAAGUGGCGUACAUAUUAAUGUGUGUGUGUGCUGCAUAUAAUAUUUCUGCAUUAAAUGUCUCGUGUAAUGGCAACAGUUUGAGUAGUUACAUGUUGUGCGUAAUUCCUUUUUUGUUAUUUGAAAUCCUCCUUUGGAUACUAACAAGUUGAACAUAAGCAUUUCUGAGGUGCUUAAUACUUUAGAGUUCAUCGUCUAGUUUUAGUAAAAACAAAAAGUGCAAAUUGUUUGUUUUUUAUGUUUUUUUUAUGUGAAAGGGUGAAUCUUGAGCAUAUGAUGUUGAAGCAGCUAGUUCCUACAGUGAUUAACAUGGAGCGAAACUCAUUCCAGUUGUAGCUAAAAUAUUCUCUUUGUCAAUGAUAGGCAUUCACAUGGGAUACCACAGGUGUUCAGGUAUGUCCAGCUCUCAGCUUGUAUGCUGAAUGUAACUUUGUUUUGAACAAAAAAUUGUUGUUAAAAUUUAAUUUGAUCAAUUUCCUAAACUUGACGUAGAAUAUCAUAUUUUAUGUAAUAAACAGUCAACAAAAGAAAGCAAAAAAGGAAAACAUUGUAGUGCUCAGUAAUGAGUCAUGUUGGUAUGCGUGAAUCUAGCAUUCAGGAGGUAUACAUAUUUCCAGCUGUCAUUUGUUGGAACGUUAUCACAAUAUGGGGGAAUCAAAAGUUUUUUCUUCAUGUCACUACUAAAGGCGGAAUAAUGUUGUUCAUUGUAACACUGCCUUCUUAAUAUUGUUCUCUGAAUGUGUUCCUGGUAAAUUCUGCAAGAUACUUUAGCAUUUCUUUGGCCUCUCCAUAUUUCUGAUUUUUCCCUGUUCUAAUUACAGUGACUUAUGACUUAUCUUAACUUCAUAAUUUAAAAUUAAAGUGCCGUGCCAAAAUUAUGUUUUAAAGCAGUAUUGCAGUUUUAUAAAAUAUAUAAGUGCAAAAAGUAGUAAUCGCACAAAUAAUUAGAUAUAAUUUACACAGAUGGAAUCACACUAUUUCUUGAUCACAUGAGUUCAGAACUUUUCUUGGUUUACUAAUUGUAGUUUAUACCAGUUUUGGUGUCUACAAAAGAGCUGUGAAAAUCUGGUCUGAUGCUUUAUGUAGAGGUAUAUUUGACUCAUCUAUCAUGUCUUCUUGCCUGAUGUUGGGAUUUAAAUGAAUCUAUGUCAAUGGAAUCUAGGCUCAGCUCCUUCUAUGCGACAUUUGAAGGACCAAAUGCAGACUCUGGAAUGAAUUGUGUAUUAAAUGGAUAAAUUCCUGUCUCUCUGAAUCCUGCCAUCUGCUCCAUACCUUUUUUUCAGAAGGUAGCCAAAUGUACCACAAUUUAUGUGUGUCUGGGGAUGUCUUAUCUAGUAAUUUAUAACUUCUUUAUCCCAAAAAUUCCUAAAAGGAACAUAAAUGUCUAUAUCAAAAGUCUGUAAGUGAUGUGUUGUGUUACUUGGCAAGAAAAAUAACAUAACAUCAUUUGCCUCUGUGAUAUGAACAUUAUUAGCAUCUAUGUGACUUCUUACUCAAUUAAAAAUUAAAAUGAUUUUCCAUAGUGUUUUAUAUUUUCAGAAGUUAGAAACUCAUUUCAUAAAUUAUGGAAAGGUCACUGAUCCAUUGUCUGUCAUUUCAGUUGAAAUUCCCAGUGCCAUGUUUUUAACCAGUCUGUGUUGUAACAUUGCCCGUCGACCAAAACCACGAACAGGAUAACUUGCUCUAGAAUAUUUCUAGACCCCACAACAGUAAUUUUUCCACUGUAUUUGUGGGGGGCAGUCACAUGAACAUUUCUUCAACCACAUUUAGUAUACACAUUUUGCUGAUGAUUGAAUGUAACCCUGCAUUAGAUAGAGCUAGUCUUUGUCACUGGACGGACCCAACUGAGUAGGUACCUCUCGCCUGAAGACAGAAACAGAGCCGGUUUCCGAAACAUUGUGGUUUCUUCAUUUUAAACAAGGAUGAUGGGAAAAGUCCAGACGAUGAAUAAUUUUAAAUACUUCUUUUCAGUUGACUUAUAAACAGCCAUAAUGUAUUAAGUAUUAUUACUCAAAUAAUGUGUUUAAUUACUAUCUGAAAUACCAACAAAUUAUAAGAUUUUAUUAUUUGAAGUACUUUUACAGGCAAAACUACUACUUUGAUAAAUGUAAAGCCUCUGUGAAUGCCUAUAUAUCCAGUGAAUCUUCAUGAAGUCAAAGAGCCAUGUGACUCAGAAUCUGGUACCUCCCUUUAAAAAUAUCUGUGUAUUUGAAAUAAUUCAGGCUUACAAGAAAUCAGACAUUGCAUUAUCAUCUUCCUGUUCAUAUUCGUUCUGCCCAGCUCGUCUGGAUUUGACUUAAUGAAAUUUCACAAUACAAAUUAUAUAAAUAGUUUUUGGUGUUUAGUUUGUAGCUUUUUUAGCUUUAAGACAAUGGUUCUCAAAAUGAUUGAGACUAAUCUGUCUGUAUAUUUGCCAUAGCAGGAACCUAACCUCAUGAGUCAUUUGUGGGCAUGCAACAUAUUUCAAUUUCACAGAGAUUUGUUAGAUAGCUGUUUUUGAGCAUGGCUUUUCCACCGAACAAUCACUGCAUUGGUUGCUACUUCUGCUGUGUCAGUUUACACUCGGGAGUCAAGGGCAGUGAUGAGAGCAGGUGUGAAUUUUCACAUCUCAUUUAGUGCUGAACAAGAUUUCCAUCGCGUAGGAUAAGUUUAUGCUAGAAUAUCAUGUAUUUUUACAUGAAUCUUACAUGAAGUACAACUCUGCUGGGAAGAGUCAGAGGAUAUUCAGAAGAAGGUUUAUCAGGGUCUAAGAUACCAACAGAAACACUAUAAAUAAUUUUAUGAUUUGAAGUUUUUGCUGCUAUGUAACUCAAUAAAAAUUUCUCGGGUGAUCAGCCGUGUCAGAUGGUUAAACGAUGAAACCGACGUUUCAGGGAUCAUCUCUGUCCCCAUCAUCAGAACCCUGAUGCGGAUGAUCACCUGAGAAAAUUUUAUAAAUGAUUAGUCUGACGUUUUUGGCGGUAAUGUGUACUUAAAAUAAUACAUAAUCUUGACCAUUUUGUUUCUUUUGUUGGUUAAAAAACACAUUGUUUUGGACAUUGGCUUUUCUUUCGUCAUUAAGUGAAAGUGUAAAACCUAGUCUAUCCGGCCCAUUGGAUAAAGGUCCAGGGAUUGAGAUUGUCUGUAUCGAGUGGACCCAGCAGUUUAGGUUUUACUAUCAUAUGUUGACAGAAGCAGUUCCAGCUCCUGAAAUAUAGAGUGUAUUUUAACCAGUAGGGGAAGAAAAUGUUUAAGAAUAAUAGACAGGAAACCAAAAUGUUAGAAUCGGGUAUUAACAGAAAAAAAGUUGGAUACAUUCUCCCUUUAAGUGUGUUAAAUUCCUUGCACAGAAGAAGGUGUAUCAAAAGAAACUGCAAGAACUGUUCAAAAUUAUUUAAAGUACAGUUUUACCAAGCCACAGUAGUGCACUGUUUCUAGACAUGUAAUGUAGUAGUCGUACUUUGUUAAUGUAGGAGGUACUUUCAGUCAGUUGGGAUACUGAAAUCUGCUAGACCAAUCGACACUGGAUAAAGAACUCGAAGAAAGCUUUUAUCUUCCGUUUAUAGACAGCAUAACUACAGCCUGUGGUGUGGGGAUUGAAUUUUAGCCAGUGGGAACAUUUUUUGCAUCUCUUUUAUCAUAGGUAAAUAGACUUCACUAUGAAGUGUUGAUGCAGUCUCACUAUUUGAAAGGCAGCAACCAGUACAGUGUUUGUGCAGAAUGGAAAACCUGUGCCCUGACUUCGCAUCCAAACUUUGUUCCUGUAGUUCAGCAUUACUUUCAAACAUUACAGGUAUUAUUUUGUAAAAUUUGAUAUAAUGGUGGCUUUCAAAAUAAUGAUAAAAUGUGAAAUAAAAAUUCUGUCAUGAUAUCAUGCAGGGAUUAAAUAUCAAACCAUAGCCUUUCAUCCGAAGAAAGACUUUAAAAAAAUGUCAUACUUCUAGCAUCUUUUUACGAUACUCCACUGAAUGUUGGAGUCUUUAGUCUGUUUCUUUGGCAUUUUUUUCAGCUGGAUAAUAUAACAGUUAAAAGUGGUAAUUUGUAAUGAAAUUUUAAAUAGAUUUAAAAUUUCGCUGCAGUCUUCCUAAUUAUGUGCAAUAAAUGAGAACUCUUAACUAAACAUUCUGUUUGGAAGUCUCUUGCCAGGCCCAUCUACAAAUACUUAAGAAUAAUUUCUUUCUAACAUUGGUAUUAUUUCAGUGAUCUCUGAACAGUCAUUUGUUUAGUCCCGCUUUAAGCAUUUGUGAAAAUUCUUUGGAAUUGAUUCACUUCAAAUGGUCACUUACCAGGUCAGGCGAAUCUGAUAUAAUGUCAGUAUUUGCCUGACUAUGAAUAUUCAUGUAAGGAAUGUAAAUCCUUAAGUAACGAAUUUGAGAACCAUUGUUAUAUUUUGUUGUUAUUGUCAUGAAACUGAAGAGUACUUAACAGCAUGAGAAAUUUAUUGUCUUCUUCUUCUUCUUCCUUAUAUUGUUUCCACAUGGGUCAACUUGCAUAUGAGACUCCAGCUGUCUCUGUCUGCCCAUUCUUGCAUUUUAUCUUCUGCCCUCCAGUCUCGUCCUCUCCUCUCUUAAACUCUUUUAACUUAAUCUGUGCAUCAUGUGCAUGGUCUGCCCCUAGGUCUUCCACCACUCAUCUUCAUUUCCAAUAAUCUUUUCAAUACUCUAUUAUCUUUCUUCCAUUCAUUUUCACCACUGUUUCUCUUCUCCAUUUCUCAAGAGUUUUAACAUUACUAUCUUUGCUCGAUUUAAUUGCAGUCCAUAGUCCUUGCUUUCUCUUCCUCGGUGGCCUAGUCUUAUCUCAUGUUCCUUCACGUCUUUACCCAAAUGUUUAAAAUAUUGAAACAAACCUUUAGACGUAUAUUAUAUUUAUGUUUCUAUAUUCUUAAUACAAAAUUGGAAAAAGUCAUAAGAGUACUGUUAUAAUAGACUUCACUUGUUAUUACUCAAAACUGUAAGUAAUAUCAGGUAUUCUUAUUAACAUUCAUCAUCAAAAUACUUAGGUACGUACUUCGAUAGAGUUAAAAUUUGUGUCUUGAUCAGAAUCUUGCUUAAUGUUGCAAAGUAUGACUUUGUGUAAAAUAGUUACCGACAUUUCUCAAUUGUAACUGUCCGAAAUCCUAUAUUUAACUUUUUAAGUACAGUGUUGAAACAUAAGAGGGUAAGUUACUUAUUUGUGAAAAUUAUUAAAGAACAUGACAGUGUUUGCAACUUAAACACGUGGAGUAUUUUUGUCAGAAAUGUUACGUGAUUUUAUUAUAGAGUCUUAAAGAGGUAAUUGUUGAGAGAGUUUUCAUAUAGAAUAUAUGAUAUACACACUUGCUCAUGUUUAAAACAAAGUAUGUGUCAUGUU